AUGGGAUUCCAGGACGAGCUCAGGUCUCGUAACUUCUCUCUAUAUGCUCAGUGGCUCGGAGUUCUGUCAAUAGUGCUCGGCUUUGCGCUAGGUAUAGCCAACAUAUUCCAUUUCAACCUGCUUAUUCUAUGGAGUAUCAUUUUGCUGUGUUGCGCCUUCAUCCUGGUCUUUGUUGAGAUCCCACUCCUCCUUCGAAUCUGCCCAACCUCUGCCAAAUUCGACGCCAUUGUCCGAACCAUCACCACGAACUACAUGCGCGCUGCAAUGUACGCUGUCAUGGGAGUGUUCCAGAUACUAAGCGCUGCGUACGAUCCUAGCAGUCUUAUCGCUGCAGGCAUCAUCAUGCUGCUUACCGCUUCCUGCUAUGCCGUCGCAGGUCUUAAGAACCAGGAUUUUGUCGCGAGUAAGGCACUGGGAGGCCAAGGCGUCGCGCAGAUGAUCGUCUAA